AUGGAUGCUUCCUCUCAAAUGGAUCCUCGCAAGGCCCUGGUAUUGAUGGUCUCUCCAGCCUUUCUUUUCUGUGAAAAUUGGGAUAUGGUUAGUAAGGAUGUUAUCCGGUAUUGUCAUGAUGUUUUUGAGGGUAAGAAAGAUAUUUGUGAGAUUAAUGACACGGUGGUUGUGCUUAUCCAUAAAGUUAGGGAUCCCAAGGAUAUAAUGAAUUUUCGGUCUAUUGGCCUUUGCAGGGCCAUUUUUAAAAUCAUCUCUAAAGUUUUGGCUAAUAGACUUAAAAUGGUUCUCCACUCUUGCAUAAGCCAUAAUCCAAGUGCCUUUGUCCUAAGUCGUAUGAUUCAUGAUUACAUUUUAAUUGCUCAUGAGCUUGUGCAUUAUUUACAAAGUCCCAAGAAUGGGCCGAAUAAGGGUUUGGUGAUCAAGCUUGAUAUGAGUAAAGCUUACGACAGGGUUGAGUGA